CUCAGGUUAUAUAUAGGAAUGGUGUUGGAGAGAUAAGGCCUCAAGCCUGCUGCAAGGUCGACCUUUCUUUUGUUUAGGAGAGAAGUAAGGAGAAAGAGAGGAAUGGCUUCCUCCAUGACGCUCUCUUCUGCAGCCACUGCUUCCCGGGCCACCCCAGCCCAAUCCAGCAUGGUUGCACCCUUUACCGGCCUCAAGUCGACUUCGGCCUUCCCAGUUACCAGGAGGGCAAGCAACGAUUUCUCCAAGCUUCCGAGCAACGGAGGCAGGGUUCGGUGCAUGCAGGUUUGGCCGAUAGAGGGUAAGAAGAAGUUCGAGACCCUCUCUUACCUUCCGCCGCUCUCCAUCGAGGCUUUGCUCAAGCAAAUUGAGUACCUUCUCCGCAGUGGAUGGAUUCCUUGCUUGGAGUUCUGCAAAGUUGGCUUUGUGUACCGUGAGAACCACCAAUCCCCUGGGUACUACGAUGGUCGCUACUGGACCAUGUGGAAAUUGCCCAUGUUCGGCUGCAAUGAUGCAGCCCAGGUGGCGAAGGAGCUCGACGAAUGCAAGAAGGAAUACCCGGAUGUGUUCAUCCGGAUCAUCGGGUUCGACAACGUUCGCCAAGUGCAGUGCAUCAGUUUCAUCGCCUACAAGCCCCCAGGCUUCUAAACCAUGAACUCAAUAGUUCCAAGCGUCUAGAGUGUCUGUCCUGUUCGACUUGGUUUCGGCUCUUUGAAUUGCUUUGGCUUAUUGUUCUUUUUCUUCUUCAGCCUCUCUACAACAUAUGA